UUUUUUGACAUUCGGGCACAUGCGCCGUAACCUACAAUUUUCGCUGCAGCCAUUUAUGUUGUUCGCAUAUUAUCAACUAUAAAACGUAAUAUUCAGUAUGACUGACUCAAUGAACUUUGGUCCUGACUGGAUCCGCAAUCUAUCCUCCGAAGGAAAUACCUCAGGGGGAACAGGUGGUGCACAUCGAUAUCAGCUAGCUGAUUUUCGAUAUGGUAGAGAAGAGAUGCUCGCAUUAUUUGAUAAGAAUGUUAGACCACCUCUUUCUUUAACAAAUUUUAAAUAUUUGUACUCAGAAACAACUCUACCACCAUUGGCAUUAACCCCUACCACAGACGAAGAGAGAUCGUGGCAAAAUCGUCCGACAAACGUAUCGGGUCCGACCAGAGGCAGGGGCGGCGGUUCGUUGGAGAGGGGCGGUCGAAUCGCCAGGGGCAGGGGCGGCUAUCAGGGGUACGGCCGGCCCGCCAGCGGUUACGACGGCCAGUGGGGCGGCGGUCCAGCCGGCGUCCCCGAACAAACCGACUGGAGCCCCAGGAAGGACUUCAACCCGACAAGGGGUCAUUCCAUGGACAAUUGGAGGAGGAUUAAAGAAAGGGAGGACGACGACGGUUGGAGGAUCGCACCGGCCGGCGGGCGCGGCCACGGCCACGAGAAGUGGCAGCGGUCGACGAGCUGGCGGGGCGGCGACGGCGAGGAGGGCGCCGAAAGGGGAGCGGCGCCGCCCGAGAGGGGCGGCCGUCAAGGGGGCUGGCACGAGAACAGAGGGCCGCCGUCGCAGAGACGGUCCUGGGAUAACGAGGACCAUUUGCCCGAGUGGGCGACGGAGCAUCCCACCGAGGGGGGCGGCACUUUCGACGAGAGGGGGGCCUUCCACGGAUCGGACGACGAAAUGCCGUUUGAUGGAAAACCUAAUAAACGAGAUAACCUUCAAAAAUCGACUUCCCAGCAAUACAUCUCCAACAAGAAUCAACCGCCUCUAUCUUCAUCCAAGUCUGCCAUGUCAUUGAGUAAACCUCCAGAAUAUGAUAAAAAGAGAGAUGAAAAGCAUGACGAGAACCUGAAAAACGAGAACGGCGAAAGGGAAAGGGAAAAAUCAGUUCCCAACAUUUCGGACAAAAUCGAUAAAGAUCCCGCGAUGAUGGAAAGGGCGAAAUCCGAAGGACCUCCUAGAAUUCUUGAAAACCUCGACUCCAUGUUGAAUCCAAUGAAUCCGAUUCACAACAGGGUCGACGAGGAUUUCGAAAAACUGCAGGAAGAUUUAAUAUUGAAAUUGGUGGAGAACGAGGAACCCAUGAAGCCGCCGCAAAACCAAAAUAACUUCGAUAUGGGCCCGGUGCAACCUCCUCCGAAUUUAGCGCAGAUGAUAGCCGACAAAUGGUUCUACCAAGACCCACAGGGCCAAAUGCAAGGGCCGUUCGUGAACCUCGAGAUGGGCGAGUGGUUCAAGGCGGGCUACUUCAGCAACCAGCUGAAAAUCCGGCGCGCCUGCGACGAGCGCUUCUUCCUUUUGGGCGAGCUGGUCACGCUUUGCGGCGGCGCCAACCCCUUCACGUGCGGCGUGCGCUUUCCCGUGCUGAAAAACGACCCGCAACCGCCUCAAACGGAGUCGGACAUCCUCAACCACCUGCACUACGUCGCGCAGAUGACCGCGUUCAAGCAGGCGCAGCAGCAGCGCGGCAACGUCGCCGAACCGUGGAACCCCGCGGCCGCGGCUGCGCUCUCCAUGCAGCAGCAGGAGCUGGCCGCGCAGAGGCUGCUCCUGCAGCAGCAGCAGCAGCAACAACAGCAGGUCCCCCAAGAAAUGCCAUUUAUGCCUCAACCUCCAGCCACAAACCCCUUAAUGCAAAUGAUAAAUCAAAUGCAACAAGCCAACAAACUGCCCGGCCAGACGCCUCUGGCGGACAAGCCGCCCAGCAGCAGCCUUCCCGGGCAGCUGGACCCGCACCUGAUGCACAUGAACAACCUGAUGAUGCAGAGCCGGCUGCCGACGCCCGAGGCGAUCGCGUCCGCCCUGGCGGCCGGCAUGCCGGGCGGUUCCGGGGCGAUGCCCGGCAUGCCGGCCGGCCUGGGCGCCAUCAACUUGCUGCGGCAGAACGCGCACGGCGCGGCCGUCGAGCAGGACAACGAGCCGCUGAAGAGCUUGCUCAAGCAGCUGCAUCAGAACAGCCAGCAGCAGCCCAAGAACAUGUGGCAACAAAACCAAUUCUCCAGCUCGCCGCCCAACCCCCAGUGGCAACCCACGCCUCCUGAUAAUGUGCCUAUGACGAUGUGGGACGUCCACACUCCCCCCUCGUCCGACGAAAACCUCCCGCCGCCCCAUCAACAACAGCAACCUCCCGCGAUGGAACAGAACGGCGGCGUGCCCGCCCCUCCCGCGUCGCAGGAAAAAAUCAACCCCAAAGAGAAGGAGCAGCAACGCCUGAAGGAGGAGCAACGCGAGCUGAGGAGGAAGAAGGAGCAGGAGGAGAAGCAGGCGAAGAGGGAGGCGGAGGAGAGGAGGAAGCAGGAGCAGCGGAAGCAGGAGGCGGAGAAGAAGGCGUCGGAGGAGAAGCGCAGGAAGGAGGAGGAGAGGAUCAAGAAGGAGCUGGAGAAGGCGAAGAAGGAGGCGGAGGAGAAGAGGCUCAAGGAGUUGGAGGAGAAGCGGCGCCUCAAGGAGCAGCGUAAGGCCGAGGAGGAGCAGAAGAAGAAGACGGACGAGCAGAAGAAGUUGGAGGAGGACCAGAAGAGGAAGGAGGCCAGGGAGCGCGAAGAAAGGAAUAAGGCCGCCGAGAAGCGUUUGGCGCAGCAAGAGCAAGCUAGGCAGGCAAAAGCGGCGCCGUGGUGUCAGUCUAAUUCGACCGCUGGUGCCUCUCUGGCGGAAAUCCAGAAGGCCGAGCGAGAAAAAAGAGCUCAGGAGGCCGCGCUGCAACUUCAAAGGCAACAACUGCAGGAGCAGCAGCGGCAGUUCCAGGAGCAGCUGGAGAAGCCGACCGGCAUGCAGCUGAGCUGGGCCAGCAGGCCCGUGGAAGCGAAAAAGGUGAAAUCCUUGGCCGAGAUACAGGCCGAGGAGCAAGAAAGACUGAUGAAGCAGGCCGCCGAGGCGCGCCUGCAAAAAGAAAAAGAACCACCCGCCACCUUGAACACCGGCAACAGUAUUUGGAACAGUUCGAACCUGACGUGGGCCAGCACCGCGGCCCAGCCUUCCUCCCAAUGGUCUUCUAACUCCUCCAGAGGAUUCUGGGACGACUCUUCCCACAAGCCUCAGCAACCUAGCAAUAACCCCGCCAAACCGUCCACGGUGUCGAGGAGCACCUCAUCGAACGCCAUAACCUCGAACAACGCAGCCGCGACCAAACAGCAGCAGGCGCAGAAGCAGUCGGCGCAGAAGCAGCAGACCAAGCAGCAGCAGCAAAAGAAAGAGGAGGGGCAGAAGAACAACAACAACAACAAUAACAACGGCCCGACCUCCGACGAGUUCAUGAACUGGUGUUACAAGACUCUGUCGAAUAUUUCUGCCAAUGUCGAUAUACCGACGUUCGCGUCGUUCCUGCGCGACAUCGAGUCCGCCUUUGACGUGCGCGAGUACUGCAAGGAGUACCUGGGCGAGAGCGGCGCCACGCAGCAGUUCGCGUCGCAGUUCCUGGAGCGGCGGCGCAGCUUCCGGCCGAACAGGGCGCACGCGCACAAGGACGACAUGUGCUCGCCGGCGCCCGCGAUCACGCCCGGCGCCCCACCGGCCAUCUCGAACGAGUUCCAGGAGGUCAAGGUAAGGGCAAAAGCAAGAAAAACAAAAAAUCAAAAAUGCAAAAAAUCGACGCCAGAGCUCUUGGAUUCAAUGUGACUUCGGCUCCUGACAGGAUUAAUGUGGGUGAUAGAGAUUACGGUGAUAAUUCUUAAAGAAAUAAGAUUAGUUAUAUGUAUGUGUACCAGAAUCAGAAUUGUUAUAAUCAAUGUACCUUUAAUUAUACAUAUAUAAUUCUUUUAAAUACAUUUUUUUUUUAGUUUAUUGGCUUAUUUAUGUGUAACACAUUUUGUUUUACAAAUUUUACUGUUUAAAUAUUAGUUUUACAUAAAAUUGUUGUUUUUAUUUGUAAUGAAACCCGUGGCAGUGCUUUAUUGUUUAUUUUGUAAAAAAAUCCAACAUUAUGGGAUACACAAGAAAACUGUUGAUGCAUUAAAUCAUACUUAUAAAAACAUCCAAAUUUAAAAUCAUACUUCUGCGGUUAAAAACUAUUUUCGCCAUGCACCUCGACCUCUUCCACGCGACAUUCCUCUUGAACCUCUAUUACCUCGUCCUCUUCCUCCACUUGACCGAUCUAAGUAAAAAAGUGUUAUUUUUAACUCGUAAAAAAUUAAUUUUCACGUACCAUAACUUUGGAAGUUGUUGCUGAACUUCCCGCUAGGUGGCUGAUACAUUUUCAUGGUUUCUCCACUCCUAUUAGGUCUCACGUGUUUAGUAUUAGUGCCAUUUCCAUUACUAGCGUCGAAAGUAAUGGGAAUGUGGCGUUUUGCUACCCCACUGGAAGGGGAAGUAGCUACCGUAACCUAAAACAACCCCGAACAUUAACAUCAAAAAAAAAAAAAUCGAAAAAAAACGCACCUUAGCUUUCUUCUCAAUCUCAUUCUUAAAGGACAACGCUACGUUGCAUUUGUAGACCGGGGGCGAGUAAAACAAGUCCCUUAUCAGGGUGUUGAUAUUACUCAACACGGACGGCGCUAUUUUCGCUUUAUCCGAGCUCUCUUUGUUCAAGUUGACCUUCGAACUGAGCACCGAAUCCAGCGAUUUCCGGCAACCCUGCACGCCUCUGGAAAAAUACGUUAAUCUCGCCCUAAAAUCUUUCAGAACGUUUUGAUCCGACGUCAGGAAGUCGGGGCAUUGUCUGGCCAAUCUGUGGAAGGCAAACAAAAGACAUUCCACGGUGGAAAAGUCCAGGUUGGGCAUUUCCGCCAUGUCCGCG